AUGCCAACACAAGUGUUAUUAAGUUAUAUUAAACAACACAUAAAUUCGGCAAAUCCACUAAAGGCAGCUUGUGAUGAAUUAGUCAGACUUUGUGAUUUAGUGUCUCAAUCAGGAUUUUGUAUUGAUGAUAUGUCAAUUUUAGUAAUAGUAUUUUUAAAUGGUAAAACAUUAAAAAAAUGGUGUGAAGAUGCAACUAAACAUGCUGAAAAUCCUGAAGAUUGGUUGCAAUAUAAACCAAGGGAUGAUGAUGAUAUUUCGGACAUUUCUGAAGAAGAUUUGGGUGAAGUUGAAUCUCCAAAAAGCAAUAAUAUUAAUUUUGAUAUUUAUGAUACUUCAAAUCAGUAUUCUAUUGAAGAGGCUGAAGAAUUUGCUGAUAUGACUAUUCCUGAUAUUUAA